AAAAAGCCUUAAAUAAACACGAAGAGACGAGCGUUGUUACUUCAGUUCUCGGUAAAGGGAGGGAGAUGGAGAGGGAUAACGAGUGAAUAUGAGUCAUAGUGAGAGAUAGAUAGAUAGGCCUAUUCUUGUAAUUUUGACCAACUGUUUCUCUCUCUCUCUCUCCGGUGAAGAGUUUCCGGUCAUUACGGUGAACUCUAUCACGGAACUUAAAGGUCUGCGUUUGGUUGCCUGUGGAAUUUUUUUGUUGAGUUUUCCGGUGACUUUCCGGCAACUCGAGGGAGAAAUGUGCCGUUUGAUCUUCUCUGAUCACGUUUAAUUUCAAUUUUGCCCCUCAAUGUCUUGACUUUUUUAAAAUCCAUUUUUUAAGGAUAAUUUGCUUUUGUUGAUUAUUUUGAAACGACCAAUCAUGACUUGAUUUUGUGCUCAUUAAAGUCCCAAAGUUUUAAGCUUUAACUAUUAUUUUAUCUUUAAACCAUUUUUUGUGAAUCAUGAUAUUUACGUGUGAAGGUGGAAUUGAUUUAUUUCAAUAGAUUUCUACUAAUGGUAAAUGACUUAGUGCUCAAUGAAUGACAAAGAAAUGAUGUUUGUGUUGUUGGAUAACGACGCGUGAGUUGAUUUGGUUUUCGCUUUGGUUGAUUGAGUGGAAAGUUUGAGAUCGUGAGUUGAGCUUAUUAUUUCUUUCUUAAAUUGGUGUUAAAUUAAUUUGAGUUUCCUGAUAUAGUGGUUACUGCAACAGGCAUUAACCACUUGAAAGGAGCUUCAAUUCCAAUUUUUUUUUGCAACCCAAAUUUGGUGUCGACAGGUCACUAAAGAUUGGUCAAAUUUUGGUGGGGGUGUUUCUGUUGAAAUGACAGUUUCUUCGACUAGAUUUUCUUGCUGGUUCUGGAGUGGUAGUAAAGAGAAAGAGCCUAUUUCAAAUGCAUCUUCAUUAAGUUCACAAUCAAAUGAGUGGACUGCUUUUGGUGAUGCUGCAAAAUUACCAUCAACUAGGAUAACUUCAACACCAAGAAGGGUUAAGAAAAAAUGGCAAAGUAGGGAAGAGAGGAAGAUGGUGGAUAAGGAAUAUGAUGUUGUGUUGGUGCCAUCCGAUGGUGGUGUUUGUUCAUUAGGAUCUGAAUCUGAUGAUUCUGAUUGGUCCAUUGGGUGGUUAGAACCUCAUGGGGCUGACUUUCUGUCUGAUCACUCUGAUGAUGAAUCUGAUGAUAGUUUUGCAGUGUUGGUUCCUUGUUAUAGGCCUAAUUCCAAGCAGAUUUUUGAGGGUUCAAAUAACCAGCUCUUUACCGUAGUCAAGAAUCGAUCAAAUGAACUCUCCCCUGAGGGAAACAACUUUAUGGAGCAGUGGCUUCAUUCUCUUCGGAGUUUCUGAAGUCUACUACCCUACCAUCUAUUACAUAUGCCGUUGCUGAAAUAGUUCUUCAUCCAGUGAUACAGUUGAAGAACGAGGUAUAUUAGCGUAUGAAAUAAGAAAAUAAAACUAGAGAAAAUGAAUUCGGAUCAGGAAAAGUAACUGGUAGUUUCUGCAUCUGCUUCUUCAGUAGACUCUCCAAGGACUAACGUGCUUCUUCAUUGAGAGUAACGUCGUUCAGAAAUUAGAGCCACAUGCUAAAUCCGCAGAUGUUUCCUAGUGCAUCUCACAUUUUGAUAGUUGUGCUUUCACGAUUAGUAUGUGAUAGUAAGCAGAUCAACCAAUUUGGAAGAAAAGCCUUAAUCAUGGUGGAAUUUUGUGUGUAAAUACUGAUACAUGAAUAUGUGAAAUAUGUCUAUGCUAUUAGCCCUCUGCUGUGUAAAUAAAAUCUUAUCUUGGCCAUAGUUGAUCAUUGGCAAACUUCAUAACCCCUUAAAUAUAAAUUUUCUAGUCUCAUAUUGUGUUUA